UGCAAAGUGCGAGAACCUUAUGUUUCAUCGUUCGCAAUCGAAUCGCACAAUAUUUUCCAUCCAAAAAAACCAUACAAUGCUAUCGCAUUCAACGGUUUUGUGAGGCAACUCACAAUCAGUUUGUAACAAACACUCCAUCGAUGUAAACGUAUCUCUGGUGUAUCCUUGUUGUAAGCAAAAUUAUAUUCGGUUGAUAAUUUUACCCGAUAAAUUUUGUACGGCAUUUCGUGAAGUACGACAGUCGAGAGUGUAUGUAGAGAGAGGCGACUUCCGAAAGAACAAUUUUUUAAAGCAUAAUGGCCGAACAGAAUAGACAGAAAGAAACAGCUUGAAAAAAGCAAACAGGUCGAUUGCUUUUAAACGUACGUGAAAGACAGUUAAAUAUCGUUUUUUUUUCGGUGAAAACAAGCAUUGAACGUUCUAAAAAGAAUUCAACGUCAUACCACGCGUUAUGGUUUAAUCAACGAAUUAUUUUUUUAUUAAAGGACAGACAAGAAGGGGAGACUACGAAAACAAAAAAUUGUAUUUCAUUUUCCAUUGAGAUCAAAAACGAAUGAAACAUAAGCAACAAAAGAACAAAGUACACUGGCGAAACAAUGACGACCACGACAUUGUGUUUAAAAUUUGUGCUUUUAAUUUUAUUAAGUUUUGAACUUGUAAAUUAUGUGAAGUUGGAAACGGAAAUACCGUUGCUGAGUGACGAUCAAGAGGCCACAACUGGUUGCCAGUUACCUGAUAUGAGAUUUGUUCGUCCAAAAAAAUUUGGUUCGACAACGACUGAACCGCCAUACGUAACGUUCGAAACAACACAAAUAUUUCUACCGGAUGAAUUUACCACCGCUGAUUUAGAUUAUGGCGAACACACUGUUGAUGAAACACUUUCGACGGAAACCGAAGCUCACACAUCAAAUCAACGUAGCACACGAUACACUGAUUACAAUCCAUAUGCGUGGAAGGUUGGCGAUGGGGAUGAGCUGCAUAUUCCAUUGGGUAGCAGUGGCAGUGAAAGCAUUCAUCGAAACAACAAGAAUAACAAAUGGGAACGGCGUAAAUUGCGUAAAAAUACAGGUCGACGCCGGUUGGACCAACACAAUCAGGGCCAUAAGCAAACCAAACGGGAAAUUCGAGAAGAUAAACUCCAACAACAACAUCAGCAGCAACAGCAACAGCAACAACGACAACGGAACAUCGAUGACAACGACGGCUUAAAUCAUUUGUUGUCUAGCAAAAUCGGCCGAAAUACAAUGAAAACAAAAAAAUUAUAUACUAAUAAAGCUGGCAUUGACAGCAGCGAAAAUGUUGAUAGAACCAUGGAAAACGGUAACAGCAUUUUCGACAAUGGCAUCGGCAACAGUAAAACAAUGAGAAUCACAUUCAAACUGAAAAAUGGUAAAAUUGUCCAUAAAAUUGCUUUGCAACGCACACAAAAUGGAGACAAUGGCCAUCGCAACAUUGCUAGCAAAAUGUAUCGAAAUGACAACGAUACUACAGACAGUGUCUAUACGGAUAAUUAUCAUGUUGAUAAGAUGGUGAUGACAGGCCAAACAAAAUCAAAGACAAAUGACACUGGCAACGCAUUGACCGAUAACAAUGAUGAUGAUGACGACAACGAAAACACUUUCAAUGCCAAUUCAAAUAUGAAAAUUGCCAAUGACAUUGAAAAAAUUGUAACAAUAAAACAUGACAAUGAUUCAAUUAACGAAACUAAACCAAAUCAAUUGCAUCGCAUCAAACGAAAAUCGGGAAAGGCCGCAGGGGCAUUGGGGAGACCCAAAGGUGGCAACGAUAGUGGUUCAAAGAGUACAAGUCGAAAAAAAGAAACUGGAUAUGAAGACGAAGUUCAAUCCGUGCCGUACGGUCCCGAAGAAGAUGAUGAGUCGGACGAAGAGGAAGAAGACUCCGAGGAAGGUAUACAUUUUGAUGAGGUUACUGAAGUUCGGUUUCCUGGCGAAGUUGGUCCGAUGGGAAAUCGUCGUUUAUGCAAAAUACGCUGCGUUAAAGGAAAAUGGGUUGGCCCAUUGUGCGCUAAUGAAGAGGAUGAUCAUGGCCAAAUGAAAUUCCAGCCGUUGUACAAAAGUUGUAAUGUGAAUCGAAUCCCACCCCAUUUGUUGCUUAGCUACAAAAAUAUAUCAGUGAAUGUCGGAUGGGAUGUACCACAUGGGGAAGCGUUGCAAGCACGUUGUAAAGAUUUGGGAUUAUAUAAAUUACUUGGUGAGUCGGGUGUGUUAUGCUCUAAUGGGUUAUGGGCGCCUCGUAUGCCGUCUUGCAUUCCAACGACACUAUUAACGAACUUCUCGGACGAUAGUCCUCCAUCGAUUCGGAUAAAAAUCGGAAUUGGUUCCGGUGCAUUUGAGCCAUCAGGUUUUUUGGCUGUAUUGCCCGGAAGCACCAUACAUUUGGACUGUAUGUUUCAACGGCGUCGUGGCAAUCCCGAAUGGACAUGGACUGGUUGGCAUCGAGAAUAUCAAACAGGUUGGUCUAGUGCACCGGAUGAGAAGGCUACCAAAUAUCGUUUAACCAUUAAGGACAUACAGCAACAAGAAUCUGGAACAUAUACUUGUACAUCACCACGCGGUCUAACCAACAGCAUUCUCAUUACUGUCGCAAUGUCAACAUGUCAAGAACAACCAACUCCAAUACCACCAUUAACUUUACAACUCGAAGGAUUGAAACUGGGUCAGCGAGUACUGUAUUCAUGUCCAGUUGGUUAUUCCAUUCAAGGCAUAUCAAAUGCAACUUGCUUAGCAUCUGGCAAUUGGUCAUCACCGCCACCAACGUGCAAUCCAAUUCAAUGUCCGUCGCUAUUUCUCGAAGAUCCUCAUUUAAGUUUAACCGAGCUAAAUACAUCAGCAUGGGGCAAAGCCGUUUUCAAAUGUUCAUGGGGCUAUCGUUUAAGUGGUCCGCCAAGUUUGGAGUGUGAAUCAAGCGGUUCAUGGAGCGGUCCAGUACCACGUUGCAGAGCAAUUCAAUGUGCUCCACCACUUAUACCAAUAAAUGGUCGGAUCGACGGAGCGAGCGUAUCAGCGAACCAUCGAAAGUAUUCGGUUGGCGCUUUGGUGACAUUUAGCUGUAAUGAAGGGCAUUUACUCGUUGGCGAAGCCAGUAUCGUUUGCACAGAAAGUGGAUUUUACUCGUCACCACCACCGUUCUGCAAAAGUCAAUGCCCGUAUCCGGGAGAUCCCCCGAAUGGUUUGAUAGCACCACUCAAAUUUCACUAUGAUCCUGGCGAUUAUUUGAGCGUUCAAUGUCGACCCGGUUUUGUUGAAUAUGGUACAAACACAAAUGGACCACCCGAAAGACCGAGAUGUUUGCCGGAUGGUAAUUGGUCGGGUCCAGUUCCACAAUGCCGUAACUACGAAGAAGUCUAAUCUAAAUAAAACCUACAAUCCGAUGCAAAACAGAAAGUUUAUCUCUCAAUAAACACAGAUUAUCCAAUUUUCCUCUAACAUUUUACAAAUUUAAAAUCCCAAUUGUUUAUAAUUAUUAAGAAAAAAAAUAUUUAAAUGAAAACAACAACAAAAAAAAGAAUAUUCUAAUUAUAUCAAUUGAAAGAUAGAUUAGCUGAUAACCCAACUACAAAAAGCUGAAAAUACAAAAAAAAAAAACAUUCCAUUAGUUGGAUUUGUUUGAUCUCGUAUCAAUUUUACAAGAAUUUGCAUUCCAAUGUAACAUAUAUAUAAAGACGAAAAUAUCAAAUCAAAGUAUUAAUUUUAAUACAAUGUAAGCAUAUCAAAGGAAAUGAAAAUCAAACGGACAAAUGUUUGGAACGAAGAAUAUAAAUACGAGUAUGAAAGAGAAACAAAAUAGACAUAGAUUGAAAAAUAGACAAAGCUAAAAAAAAAGUUUUAUCAAAUGUUUUGCAAACGAAGUCGUAACACACACUGUGCAUCAUAUGGUGGCACGGUGAGACAGAGCGAGAGCAAAAAUGGAGUGAAGUAUACAUAGUUUUUCAAUGAGAAUAGUUUAUGUAUUGUACAUAAGUGCAUGAGCAAUAUAUUUUCUUCUUCUUGGUCAAUCCAAUUUUAUCAUGACAAUUAUUAGUUUUAAAAGUCCAAUGAUAUCUUUAACAACAACAACAAAUUAUUAAAUACAAUAUUCGCUGUUCAAUCAAUAGAUUAGUUUCGAUCGAAAGUAUUUUGGGAUCGAGCCAUUUCUUGAGCUAAAAGUGACAGCGAAUUUGUUGUUUGGCACAACUAUGUGAAAGAUUAAGAGCAACAACGAUAAUAACUGAAACAGCAACUGCAGUACACACAAUUUCAUUUUCGUUUUUGCGUUCAUUUAAUGGCAACAAGUAAUGUAACACGUGUAAUGAUUUUUAGUGGCAAUAAAAUACUGAAGUUUCAAGAACAAACCAAA